AUGCCUUCUGCUGGACUUGAGAUUCUUGGUGUUAGCCUGGCCGUCUUGGGAUGGAUCUCUGCCAUCGUCUCCUGUGCUUUACCCAUGUGGAGGGUGUCUGCUUUCAUCGGAGUGAACAUAGUGACUGCUCAGAUCACGUGGGAAGGCAUCUGGAUGAACUGUGUGGUCCAGAGCACUGGGCAGAUGCAGUGCAAAGUGCAUGACUCCAUGUUGGCUUUGAGUGGAGACCUCCAGGCUGCUCGGGCCCUCACUGUGAUCGCCAUCGUCCUGGGCAUUAUUGGUGUGAUGGUGUCGAUAAUGGGCGCCAAGUGCACUAACUGUGUGGAUGAGGAGGCGGCUAAAGCUAGAGUGAUGAUAGCAGCAGGAGUAUGCUUCAUCGUCGCAGCAAUGAUGGAGCUCAUUCCAGUGUCUUGGUCGGCACAUACGAUCAUCAUCGAGUUCUACAACCCUGUGAUACCUGAGGCCCAAAAAAGAGAGAUAGGAGCAGCUCUGUACUUGGGAUGGGCCGCCACUGCCUUUCUGGUGAUUGGUGGGAUCAUCCUAUGCUCCAGCUGCCCGCCACAGACUGAGAAGAGAUACGGGCCUCCGUCCAAAGUAGUGUAUUCUCAAUCCCGAUCAGUGGCACAGAGCUAUCCCGAGAGGAGAGACUAUGUGUGA